GCCACCACCGCCCUCGCCUCGAGCGCCGUGUUCUGCUCCGCCGCGCGCCCGAACGGCCGCGCCGCGCCGAAGCGCGCCGCGUCGAAGCCGUCCAAGCUCUGGACCCCGAAGGCUGCGGCCGUGGACUCGCCGACGCUCAUCGUGAAGGAUGGCGACGCGGAGAGCGUCAUGAGCGGGCUCACCGCGAAGAGAAGAGAGGUCAUCCUCGACAUGGAGGAGUUCGCGGAGACCGAGCUCCUCAAGCUCCUGAAGCCGACGGACAAGAACUGGCAGCCGCAGGACCACCUCCCGAACCCGGAGUCCCCCGACUUCCUGGACGAGAUCGCCGAAGUGCAGAAGCGCGCGAGCACCCUCCCGGACGACCACCUCGUCGUCCUCGUCGGCGACAUGAUCACCGAGGAGGCGCUUCCGACGUACAUGAACAUGCUCAACACGCUGGAAGGGACGAAGGAUAAGACGGGCGCGGACGCGACCGCGUGGGGGAAGUGGACGCGGAUGUGGACCGCGGAGGAGAACCGCCACGGAGACCUCAUGAACAAGUACCUCUACCUCACUGGCAAGGUGAACAUGAAGCCGAUCGAGACGACGAUUCAGAACCUCAUCGGCGCCGGGAUGAACCCGAAGACGGAGAACAACCCGUACUUGGGGUUCGUGUACACGUCGUUCCAGGAGCGGGCGACGAAGAUCUCGCACGGGAACACCGCGCGAUUCGCGCUCGAGCACGGGGACGAACAGCUCGCGAAAAUCUGCGGCUUGAUCGCCGCCGACGAGGGCCGGCACGAGAUCGCGUACCAGAGGAUCAUCGACGAGGUCAUGAAGCGCGAUCCGGACGGCGCGGUGAUGGCGUUCGCGGACAUGAUGAAGAAGCAGAUCGUCAUGCCCGCGCACCUCAUGGACGACGGCGAGCACAAAGCGAGGACCGGACGGGAUCUGUUCUCCGACUUUGCCUCCGUCGCGGACAGCACGGGGACGUACACCGCGAACGACUACGCGUCGAUCAUGGAGCACCUCAUCAAGCGGUGGGACAUCGAGAACGUCGCGGGUCUGUCCGGGGAAGGGGCCGCGGCGCAGGAGUAUCUCAUGAAGCAGCCGGCGAGGAUUCGACGGCUCGCAGAGUUCGCCGCGGCGAAGGCGAAGAAGAAGGAGCCCGUGAACGAGUCGUUCUCUUGGAUCUUCGGUCGCAAGGUGACGGUGUGAGCGCGAGAGCGCGAGCGGGCGGGCGCCGCGGUCGAAGACGCGCGCGGCGCGGGUGUAGAUAACCAACCACACGGCUUAGUCAUUCUUUUUGUAAGCUGAACGCGAUGAUGAUGAG